AGCUCUAUAAAUCAACCCAAACCCCUCCCUCUCUCUGCAACCUCUCCCAGUCCCUUGCCCGGCCUCCUCACACAGCUGCCUCUCUACUUCUCGUUGCAGACAUCGAUAGAGGCUACCAGCUCGUGGGGAGUACGAGGAGGGAAGAAAUGUCUGCGAACGACGGAGACAUGAAGAUGAGGGUGAUCUUCGUGGAAGGUGAGGAGAUGAUCGCGCCGACGCGGAAGGAGGACAAGUGCUGCGAGUACACCCUUGACGGCUCCGUCGACAUCAAGGGCCGGCCGGCGGUGAAGGAGAAGUCCGGAGGAUGGCUUGCGGGAGGCAUUAUUCUCGUGAACCAGGGCCUGGCGACGCUAGCCUUCUUCGGCGUGAACGUGAACCUGGUGCUGUUCCUGACGCGGGUGCUGCAGCAGAGCAACGGCGACGCAGCCAACAACGUCAGCAAGUGGACCGGCACGGUGUACAUGUUCUCCCUCAUCGGUGCCUUCCUCAGCGACUCCUACUGGGGCCGCUACAAGACCUGCGCCAUAUUCCAGGCCAUCUUUGUGCUCGGCCUCGCGCUGCUGUCGGUGUCGUCGAGCCUCUACCUGAUCAGGCCGGUCGGGUGCGGCAUGGAGCACGCGCUGUGCGGCCCCCACUCCGGCAAGGAGCUGGGGAUCUUCUACAUCGCGCUGUACAUGAUCGCGUUCGGCAACGGCGGGUACCAGCCCAACGUAGCCACCUUUGGCGCCGACCAGUUCGACGAGGAGGACCCCGCCGAGGCGCACUCCAAGGUCUCCUUCUUCAGCUACUUCUACCUGGCCCUCAACCUCGGCUCGCUCUUCUCCAACACCUUCCUCAGCUACCUCGAGGACAGGGGCAGCUGGGCCCUGGGCUUCUGGGCCUCCACAGCGGCCGCGGCAACUGCCUUGCUACUGUUUCUGACCGGGACGCUCCGGUACCGCUACUUCCAGCCCAGCGGGAACCCGAUCAAUAGGAUCUGCCAGGUCGCCUUCGCCGCGUGCAGGAACUGGAAGGCCGGCAUGUCGCCGGGAGUGCAGAGCCUCUACGAGGGCGACGAGAAGGCGGAUGCCAGUGGCAGGAAGCUUCUGCACACAGAAGGCUUCAGUUUCUUGGACCGCGCGGCGCACGUGGACACGGACUCCAGGCUCGGCGGGCGCGACCCCUGGAAGCUGUGCACGGUGACGCAAGUGGAGGAGAUCAAGAUCAUCCUUCGGCUCCUCCCCAUCUGGCUCUGCACCAUCCUCUACUCCGUCGUCUUCACCCAGAUGGCCUCGCUCUUCGUCGUGCAGGGCGCCGCGAUGCGCCGCACCACCACGUUCGUCGGCUUCUCCAUCCCACCGUCCAGCAUGUCGGCCUUCGACAUCCUCACUGUUGCCUCCACCAUCUUCCUCUACCGCCGUGCCAUCUGCCCGUUCCUGGCACGGCUCACCGGGCGUCGGACCGGCCCCACCGAGCUGCAGAGGAUGGGUCUCGGCCUGGUCGUGGGCGCCCUGGCCAUGGCCACGGCCGGAACGGUCGAGCACUUCAGGAAGGCCAGGGCCACCACCGCGAUGAGUAGCGACCUUCACAUCAUGUGGCAGGUGCCGCAGUACGCGCUGAUCGGCGUGUCGGAGGUGAUGAUGUACGUCGGCCAGCUCGAGUUCUUCAACAGCGAGAUGCCCGACGGGAUGAAGAGCUUCGGGAGCGCGCUCUGCAUGAUGUCCAUGUCACUGGGGAAUUACCUCAGCGACGUCAUCGUGAGCGCGGUGACCAAACUCACUACGACGCACGGGCGGCUCGGGUGGAUCCCGGCCGAUCUGAACGAGGGCCACCUCGACAAGUUCUACUUCCUGCUCGCCGUGCUGGCCGUCGCGGACUUCGCGGUGUACCUCGUGUGCGCGAGCCGCUACGGGAGCGGCAAGGUGGACGGGAGGAGCGACGACGAGGAGGAGGAAACGGCCGGUCAGGUGGCAUCCCCGGGGUACGCUUGACUUGGCCGGCCGUCUCCGCUGGGUGUCGUGUGAUAGUUCUUGAGAUGGAGACUGCAACUCUUGAGGGGAACUGGUUUAGCACGAUGAGUCUUUCAUUGAUGAUAGGACGAGCAUGGGGAUGGUGUUAUGACGAAAGAAUAAGAACCAGCGGCUACAUAUAUGUGAUAAUGCUUUGGCGUGUAUUAACGUAUACCGUUCAUUGUUCACAUUUUUGGCCAA